CUGCACAGCUUGAGAACCAUCGGGGAUCGGCGAAACACCACGAGAGAGAUUUUGUUUUUGAACUGUUUGUUAAUCUUGUGGAGAACUCAAGGAAUCAGAGAAACUCAUUAAAAAAAAGCAAGACUCAAGACUCUGGGGACUUUACCCCGACUGGAUUGUAGUUUCCAAGGAUUUUUCUUUCUUACUUCUUGUGGCCUGGUCGCCGAAAGGACAACGACCAUCACCAGCUGUGGGAAUGAAGUAUAAUCUCCAGUCCUUAGUGUCGCAGUACACACGAUCCAGUCAUUACACACCUACACACUACACACCUACACAUUCCACAACCACGCACUACACAUCGGGGCGUUACACGCCAACAUAUCACACACCUACACAUUACACACCGACAUAUUACACACCUUCACAGUACACGCCGAAGCAAUACACGCCUAAAAAUUCGACAUCUACACAUUCCGCGACAGCACGUUACACACCAACGUCGUUUCAGGCCUCCAAGCAGUAUGAGCCCGCGAACUACACGCCUACGCGCUGUGUGACUUCUUCCGUGCUGCUGAAGCCGGCUCGCGCCGUGCACUUUCCCAAUGACAUAGUGUUCCAGGACCACGUCCGGCACGGAGACCUGGAGCAGAUCGGCCGUUUCCUCAGAGCCAGGAAGGUCCGGCUGGACACCAUCUUCCACUCGGGCAUGACAGCGCUUCACGAGGCCGUUCUCUCAGGGAACCUGGAGUGUGUGAAACUGCUGGUGAAAUAUGGCGCAGACGUCCACCAGCGAGACGAGGACGGGUGGACAGCCCUGCACAUGGCCUGCAGCGACGGCUACCCACACAUCGCCCGGUACCUGCUGUCUCUGGGGGCCAGUGUGGAGGCAGAGAAUGAGAGCGGGGAAAAGCCUGCCGACCUGAUAGACCCAGAGUGCAGAGAGCUGGUCAAGCUGUUUGAGGUGGGCUGUGUCUAACCCCACCUGGAGGCACUUGGAUGACUGCGUCCCCUGCUGCAGCCUCCCUAUCACCACUGGUAACAGAACAGACAGGCAUGAGGGACUCGCCUCUGGACCAGGACCACGAGCAAGGUCCACUGGGGUGAGCGGCCGCAUCUUGUGCCACACUGAGCUGCCGUUCUGAUGAGCUGUCUUUCCUGUCACCGCCUGCACUCCUUUCUGCUGUCUGCAGACAGCCAAGUAAAAGAAAAAAGCUAGCUUUUUAGUGUUUAUACUUGAAAAGGCUCAAUGUGUUAAAAUGGCAGUGUAUGAUUUAUGUAUGGUGCUUUUCCCAUACUGCUUUGCACACGUGUGCUGUACUUAAAUGGUGGACACUUUUGUAAAAGCUGUGUAAGCCUGUUGCAAUGCCCUGAGACCUGAGGCCUGCUGUGAUGUCAUUUCCAAAUUUGUACAGUGCACCACUCCAGCCACCAAGCUCCCGUUACACUCUGCGUCACACACCGACGCACCUGCAGGUCCAGGGUGUCUAAAGCGAUUAUCUGUCAGGGCAAACUUGGCCCAGCGCACAACGCCUGGCUCACGCUCUAAUGUUAUCUACACAGGACCCGCUGAGUUGCCCACGUCUUAAUUCUGCUGUAGGGCAGAACUAAUAAAGGACUUUAGAAUUCAGCAUUUGGGGGGGAGGAGUUUAUUGGUUGGUUUAUAUGUGUUUAUUGGCACUUUGCUGUGUGGUUACAACCAGCCCAAUGUCUGUCCCCAAAAUGAACAUGUACUCAGGACUGACAGGCCCGGAGCUCCUGACUGGCCAUGCCUUCAGUAGAAAAUGGAGUGUGGUUCCGCUCUGCUGGGCAGACUGAAAAGAGCACUGACAUUUUUCACCGUGGGCAACAGUCAAAAGCCAGCGACAUGCCGUAUUGCUCCACAGUGGUGCUUUGUUGUUCACAAAUACAACUCUCCUCCUGCACUGUGGCUGUUACUGACUGGAAAAGUGACAGUAUCACUGAAGUGUAUAUGGUGUGUGCUGAACUGUAUAAGUCUUACUGUUUUUUAUUUUACAAAAUACACUUUUUCAUAAAUAAAGUUGUGUUUCUAAAUAAUCA